CUGACCAACUGCUGAUUUUGAACCCUUCAGCUCUCAGGGCCUCAGUUGUCCCCUCUGUGAAAUGGGGGCUCCAGCAGAGAGGAGGGGAGGGAAGAGUCCAGAAGAGGAUCUGACCUGAACUAGGGGAUUCCUCCUCAACCACCGCGCCCCUUCCCCAGCCCGGGAGCGCAGCGGAGCCUUCCAGUCACUCGUCCCCCCGCCGCAGGCUCCUCCUCCACUGACAUCAGAGCCGCAGGCGGGCGGAGGGGGCCAGCAGAGCCCGAGCCGAGCCCCAGCGAGAGAGCGGGCGGGCGAGCCAGGAGCGGAGCGGCGGCGGACGGCAACCGACAGCCAGAGCUCCGCGCCAGCCACCUCGGGCCUCCCAGCCAGCCCCGCGGCGGGGCAGCCGCAGGAGCCCUGGCUGUGGCCAGGGGGCAGUGGGCCAUGCGGGGGGCAGUGGACGGCCCCAGCUGGAAGCAGGUGGAGGACAUUAGGGACAUUUACGACUUCCGUGAUGUUCUGGGAACGGGGGCCUUCUCAGAGGUAAUCCUGGCAGAAGAUAAGAGAACUCACAAGCUGGUGGCCAUCAAAUGCAUCGCCAAGAAGGCUCUGGAGGGCAAGGAGGGCAGCAUGGAGAAUGAGAUCGCUGUCCUGCAUAAGAUCAAGCACCCCAACAUUGUAGCCCUGGAUGACAUCUAUGAGAGUGGGGGUCACCUCUACCUCAUCAUGCAGCUGGUGUCCGGCGGGGAACUGUUUGACCGCAUUGUGGAGAAAGGCUUCUACACGGAGCGGGACGCCAGCCGCCUCAUCUUCCAGGUGCUAGAUGCCGUCAAGUACCUGCACGACCUGGGCAUCGUACACCGAGACCUCAAGCCAGAGAACCUGUUGUACUACAGCCUGGAUGAGGACUCCAAGAUCAUGAUCUCUGACUUUGGGCUCUCCAAGAUGGAGGACCCCGGCAGUGUGCUCUCCACAGCCUGUGGAACCCCAGGAUAUGUGGCCCCCGAGGUCCUGGCCCAGAAGCCCUACAGCAAGGCAGUGGAUUGCUGGUCCAUUGGGGUCAUUGCCUACAUUCUGCUCUGCGGUUACCCCCCCUUCUAUGACGAGAAUGAUGCCAAACUCUUUGAACAGAUUUUGAAGGCCGAGUACGAGUUUGACUCUCCUUACUGGGACGACAUCUCUGACUCUGCCAAAGACUUCAUCCGGCACUUGAUGGAGAAGGAUCCUGAAAAGAGGUUCACCUGUGAACAGGCCUUGCAGCACCCAUGGAUUGCAGGAGAUACGGCUCUAGAUAAGAAUAUUCACCAGUCGGUGAGCGAGCAGAUCAAGAAGAAUUUUGCCAAGAGCAAGUGGAAGCAAGCUUUCAAUGCCACGGCUGUGGUGCGGCACAUGAGGAAGCUCCAGCUGGGCACCAGCCAGGAGGGGCAGGGACCGACGGCGAGCCACGGGGAGCUGCUGACACCAGCAGCUGGGGGUGAGGACCAGUGCUCUAUGCAAGGGCGUGAGUGGUCCAUGAAGAGGCAUCCAGGCUGGAGUGGAGGGUCUGCGCCUAUGGCCAACUCUGUUCUCUCUCCUCAUGCAGGGCCAGCAGCUGGCUGCUGCUGUCGAGACGGCUGCGCGGAGCCGGGUCCGGGACUGUCCCCUGCGCUGCCUCCACAGCUCUAGGGCCCCAGAUCCAGGGUCCAAACCCUUCGCGUGGGAGGGGUUGGGGCACCCUGCUCCCCAUCCCUCCCUGAAUUGGAGAGUUACCCUGCCCCGCCGCCUACCCACCCCUUUCCCUAUCACUCCUCUGCUGCAUUUUCCAUACAA